AUGGUAGUUGCGACCAUCAAGUGCGUCGUCGUCGGCGACGGUGCUGUCGGCAAGACAUGUCUCCUCAUCAGCUACACGACGAACAAGUUCCCCUCCGAAUAUGUCCCCACGGUCUUCGACAAUUACGCCGUCACUGUAAUGAUUGGUGACGAGCCAUACACCCUCGGUCUCUUCGACACUGCCGGACAAGAGGAUUACGACCGACUUCGACCUCUCUCAUACCCCCAGACGGAUGUUUUCCUCGUCUGCUUCUCCGUCACAUCGCCCGCAUCAUUCGAAAACGUACGCGAGAAGUGGUUCCCUGAAGUCCACCACCACUGUCCUGGUGUCCCGUGCUUGAUUGUCGGUACACAAGUCGAUUUGAGAGAAGAUAACGCCGUCAGAGACAAGCUGUCAAAACAGAGGAUGGCGCCCGUGAAGCGGGAAGACGGCGAGCGAAUGGCGAGAGAACUCGGUGCCGUUAAGUACGUCGAGUGCUCGGCCUUGACACAGUACAAGCUCAAGGAUGUGUUCGACGAGGCGAUUGUCGCAGCACUCGAACCACCAGCGACAAGGAAAGAGGGCAAGGGACCGAAGAAGGAGAAGAAGUGCGUCAUACUCUAG